AUGAAGAAAGAAUUCGUUUUCUUGUUUGUGGCUUCGCUAGCUCAAAUUGUGACACCAAAUGAAUGGAUGGAAGAGUGCAAGAACCAGAGUGAAAACAUUCAAAUUCAUUCGGCUGGUCGCAACUGGAGAAACCUUACGAGCGAUGAGACGUCUAAUCAAUUUUUUUGGAUCGAUCGAACGUUCACGUGCACUGCUGAUCCAGGCACUGCUGAUUUCGCGCUUGUUCAAAUCAACCACAAGAUGGAUUUCCCGUCAGACACAAAAACUAUCACUUGUGGAUCGGAGCGUAAAUGGGUGUACAAAGGUGAAGCCGUUCUCAAUGUUGGAUGCUACACAGGCACACGGGAAAAUUGGAUGCAAAAGCCCGAAGAAGAGGAAAGGAUUCGAAAUUGGAUGGCCGAGAAUCACGGAACUGUAGAGGAUCAAAAGGAUUGGACAUGGGGCAGCACCCAGUAUAAACAACAAGAGAAAAUGCAAAGAAUGGCUUCGGAAAUCUAUAAACUUUUAGUUAACACGGAUGAUAUAAUCAGAAAGCAAGUCGCCGUUCUACCGGCAGACUAUCCGGGUGGUUUGGCGACUCGU